AGCUGUUAACUUGGUUCAUGUUGUUGGAGUGCAAUUGAGUUGGGAUUGACAACUUCACUCUCAAAACGGAAAGCUCCAAAAGGUUGAGGAAAAUUAAAACAAAGAGACUGAUUGCAGCUUAUCAGCCAUGGAUCAACAUACUGACAAUUCCCCAGCUCACAGGUUGGAAUCUGCUGCUUCCAUUUUAGGCUGCAGCAUCACUGAUGAGAAGCUUGCAAUUCAUUUGGAUCAAGAAGAUCAAUUGCGACAUAUUAGAGACCAAUUCCAUAUACCCAAAAUGAAAGACCUCCCGUUUGGUGCUAAAAAGGAAGAAACUGCAUUGAUGAAUGGACUAACUGUGAACUUACAUCUCCUGCUGCUGUCCUUCUACAAACCAACAUCAAAUAGACAUAAGAUUCUCAUGGAAGCAAAAGCAUUUCCUUCUGAUCAUUAUGCAGUGGAGUCUCAAAUCCGGCUUAAAGGACUAGAUCCAAAGGAAAGUAUGCUGUUGUUGUCUCCAGAGGAGGGAGAAGAAACCCUGAGAACAGAAAAUAUUUUAUCUACAAUAGAAAAAGACGGUGACAGUAUUGCUGUGAUUCUCUUCAGUGGAGUACAAUAUUACACUGGGCAGGUGUUUGAUAUGCUUUCGAUAACAAGGGCAGGACACGCUAAGGGAUGCUAUGUUGGUUUUGACCUUGCUCAUGCUGUUGGGAAUGUAGAGCUGUGUCUGCAUGACUGGAACGUAGAUUUUGCCUGUUGGUGUAAUUACAAGUAUUUGAACUCUGGUGCUGGAGCCUUGGCAGGAGCAUAUAUACAUGAAAAACACAGAUUUACAAUAAAGCCAACAUUAGUCGGUUGGUGGAGUCAUAACAUCAAAACAAGAUUUGAGAUGACCAAUCACCUUGACUUAAGUUUUGGCGUGAAUGGAUUUCGAAUCUCGAAUCCACCCAUUUUAUUGGUUCGUUCACUACAAGCUAGCUUAGAGAUCUUCAAUCAAACUGACAUGAAAGCUCUGCGGAGAAAAUCUGUUUUACUUACUGGUUACUUGGAGUGCCUGAUCAAACAUUACCAUUCAAAGGUUCCAGAUAAUCCACAGAAACCAUAUGUCACUAUCAUUACUCCCUCUGAUAUUGAAGAACGAGGCUGCCAGCUCUCAUUGGUUUUUUCAAUACCUACCAAGUCAAUUCUUGUGGAAUUGAUGAAAAGGGGAGCUGUAUGUGACCAGAGGGAACCAAAUGUUCUACGAGUUGCUCCUGUACCUCUUUACAAUUCCUAUCAUGAUGUGUACAAAUUCAUCAAGAUGUUGAAUGAAUCAUUCAAGGCCACAGCGUACCAAGUCAAAGAUGAAGCUGAUGUAUAACUGGGCCAGAUUCCUUUCCACAUGUGGCAUAAAGGACACAAACAAUACUCCAUCAUUACAAAUUAUGCUUCCACAUUAAUUAGUGAUUUGUCUAAUUUCUUUGUUUAUUUUUGUCUGUUUAAUCUUUAAU